AUGGUGUGGGCUGGCAGAAGCACCCGGUGCAGCCGCAGCGCCUCGGAGCCGGGCCGCCAGGAGCUCCGCAGGGCUCAGGUUCUAGGAGAUGAAGCCCUUCCACACCCGCCCCUUUCUGGAGUCUCGGGGAACCAUUUCAGAGGCUGCAAAGGUGGUAGGAGUGGAAGGAGGCUUCGUGGUUCGCGCGCCACCGGGCCUGAGGCGGCCACAGUCGGGAAAAGCCUCCAGCUCACCUCCCCGCACCCGGCGGCUGGGAGCCUCUGUCCGCGGCGCGCAGACGUCAGGGUCAAGUCCGCGCCGCGGAGGAGCAGCCGAGUGACCGCCCCGAGGCACGCCGCCGUCCCAGCCCGCCCCAUCUCCCCGCCUCGCGACUCCCCGCAGCUGGCGUUCCUUUCGAACCACCUCCGCUUCGUAGCCAGCGCCCCUCACCCCGCCCCGCCGCGGCGUGGGCUGCCACCCCCCACCCACGUACAGAUACUCUGCCUUGCCGAGCGCCCACACUCGCCAACGCCCCCCGCCCCGCCCUCCGGCCACCACAGCAGCGGCCACGCGCGACAAUUUAGGGCUAUGACCACAGCGAUUAAACGACGGCUGCCGUACUGCCAGGGAGGUGAAGUCAGACCUCUGCUGGCGGCCCCGCGUUCCAUAAGACUGAGUCCUUCCGCGCAGACAGUGGGGAGCAAAUGGAAUCUGUGUCGCCUGGAGUAUGAUGACAUCACACAGCCCCGACAUCAUGGUAAAAAGGCUGUACUUCAUGUUAGUCUUCAUGUGUGGGUUCACACUCAAAAGCCAAUAACUGCUGAGUCUUCUGCGAGUUCUUUACAUCUGGAGAACAUCCUUCCCACUGGGCAAUGAAGUGGCUCAGCAAUGAAACACAACAUGCUUUGGAGUCACCCCAGCUAUCCCGAAAUGUUGCUGUGUUGCAGGAGUUGGCACAUCAUGACUGUACGUGGCAUAUCUCAGGUGGGGUGAAUACCAGUAGCUUUGAAGCCUAAGGAGGUGAGAGUGGCCUCUACACAUUCACAGUCUCCUUGUUGUUUCGUCUCUGUUUUGUUUUGUUUUGUCUUCUCUUCAUUUGUUGUAGUUGUCAGGCCUGCCUCUAACAUUUGUGUAACUCAAGGCAAGAGUACAAAUGAACGCCCGCAUACUAUAUGUCUAAAUAUUUAAAAGUUACAAAUCAAGCUAUUAAUGGUCUGUCUAUAAAUCAAAACACUGUUGAAUAAAAUACAUCCCAUCCUUCUAUCUUGACAAAUAUGCCAUCCUAAUGAAAAAUGGAAAACUGUGUAGUUAUAAUUUUUGUUGGGAAAAAAAUCAAAGACAAGUAAGUUUAAUUGUUAUUGCACAUAUCUGGAUGUUUUGUUGUUGGGCUGGCAUUGUUUAGAUGAGUAAUAAAAUGACAGAUAUGUAAUUCAUAAUUUAUUAUGGAUUUUAUUCCAUUAAAUUUAUUUUUCUUCACUUCAGCAAAAAUCACUAAUUGUGUUAUUAUAAUCAAUAUUCUGUCAUGAUUUGUGUUCUAAAGGAUUACAAAUAAAAUGUA